AGGGGAGGAGAUUGUAAUUCUCCCUCUGCAAUGCCAGGUUAAUUUUCCCCGAGCUGGCGACGGUCGGGUGGUGCAGCACGAACGCCGAUGCCGAGGCAUCUGAAACCAGGAGUUACCGGACGGGGUAUUAGUGCAGAUGCUGCUUGACACCGGAGACAGAUACGAAAUGCUGGAGUAACUCAGCGGGACACGCGGCGUCUCUGGAGAGAAGGAAUAUCUGACGCUUGGGAGUCGAGACCCUUCUCCAGACGGCUUUGGGAUGGAGAAUCCAUGAUUCCAGCAGGAGCGGACCUCGCCUCGUCCCACUGAGAUCUCCCUCUUAAAGAAUCACCCCUCAAGCUUUAGACCCUGAUGUCCAAAGGUAUAUCCCCCCAGACCCUGAGCCAGGACCAUGUUGGUGUGCUUGUGGGCAGCUGUGUCUAGCCAUGGCAUCUAGACCUGCCACCCGGGUGGCGCCGCCUUCGUCCAGGUUAAGUCGCAGGGUGCUAUUCAUCUUCAGCUUGUCCCUGUGUUUCACCUACCUGUGCUACAGCCUCCUGUACUGCGCCCACCCCGUCAUGCAGAGACCCCUGGGCUUUGCCGAGGACCGCGCCUGCUACUUGCUGCAGCUAGGGCCGCCGAAGAAACUCCUGCACAAGUCACAGUACUGUGGGGACUCGGAGCAGCCCGGCGCCGCCCGCCACGGCCAAGACCGAGACCGAGACCCAGACCAAGGCGCUCACCUCCGGGCGUCGCCUCCCGCCGACGGGCCGGUCACCCGGGGGGCUCCGGCGCCGCCUCCUCACCAACAGGACAGGAGCGCCAAUGGGACCUCCAGACUGGGCAACAAGCGCCUGCCCAGGGCUAUCAUCGUGGGCGUGAAGAAAGGGGGCACUCGGGCCGUGCUGGAGUUCAUCCGCGUCCACCCCGACGUCCGGGCGCUGGGCACCGAGCCGCACUUCUUCGAUCGGCACCACGACAAGGGGCUGGACUGGUACAGAAACUUGAUGCCGAAGACGUUGGAUGGCCAGCUGACCAUGGAGAAAACGCCCAGUUACUUCGUCACCAGGGAGGCACCAAAGCGCAUCUUCUCCAUGGCAAAGGGCACCAAGCUGGUGGUGGUGGUCAGGAACCCAGUGACCAGAGCCAUUUCGGAUUACACACAGACACUGUCCAAGAAACCCGAGAUUCCCACCUUCGAGGUGCUGGCCUUCAAGAACAGGACCCUGGGCCUGAUCGACGCCUCUUGGAGCGCCAUCCGUAUUGGGAUCUACGCCUUGCACCUGGAGAACUGGCUCCAGUUCUUCCCCCUCUCCCAGAUCCAUUUCGUCAGCGGGGAGAGGCUCAUCAUUGACCCGGCCGGAGAAAUGGGAAAAGUCCAGGACUUCUUGAGCCUCAAGAGGAUCGUCACUGACAAACAUUUUUACUUCAACAAAACCAAGGGAUUUCCGUGCCUGAAGAAACCUGAGAGUAGCAGCCUGCCAAGAUGCCUCGGAAAAUCUAAAGGAAGGACUCACGUCCAGAUAGACUCAGACGUUAUUGAGCAGCUAAAAGAAUUUUACAGACCAUAUAAUAUAAAGUUUUAUCAAAUGGUGGGACAGGACUUUCGAUGGGACUAACUGUUAGCUGAAUUACACUUUGAGAAAAUAAAGGAAAUAACAUUUAUAAAUC